AUGAGACUAACGCAGCCCCACCUCCCCGCGGCUUCCUUCGAAUUCUCCGUUUAUUUGCAAGGCACAUCUCCUUGUUUUGGGUUAAUUUUGAGAGUCGAACAAGGAACGCAGCCGGUCUCAAUCCUGCCCUUCCCAGACGAGGCAGGAGGAAGAAGCACCGGUUUAACGAACAGUGGCCGAACCCGCGGAGGAGCCGCCGCGCCGAACGCGCUGCAACAAAUCUCCGCCGGCCUCCGGGACGAGCCUCCCGGUCCCCGCUCCUCGCCCGUCGGUCCCGCCCCGGUGCACACGCACGCGGGUAGCCGGCGCUGCGGGGAGCGCAGCGGGACCCCGGCGGUGUGCGGGACAGAACGGAGCGUGACCCGGGGGGGCCGCGGGCGUCUUGGCACGAGGGCAGGGUGGCGCCGGGCGUUUUCCGCCUGGACUCUGCACCUCGCUGCCCUGCGGAGCCCCGACUUUCCCCGCUCGCCAGCCGAACGCCGAAGCAUCGGUGCACGGAAAAACGCUCACGGCAGGAGCACUGAGGGAGCGCCGGGGCACGGGGCCGCUGGCACGGCAGACAGCUGCCGAGGUUCGGCACCGCCACAGAGGCCGGCGGGCGCCCCUCUGGCGGACUCGCUGCCGGUUGCCCGCGGAGCUCCCCAUACUCCCCAGAACCGGGCGCUCCCCAGACCGGCUCUGCAGCCCGCAGCUCCGACGGAGCCUCCGGCGGCGGCACCCACCGCCCGGUGCCUCCCUGUCGCCAGGCCCCUGCCCCUGGCCGCCGUCGUGCGGGGCAGUCCCACUACCUGGCCCCGCUCGCUCGCUAGCCCCGGCGGAGCGGUUCCGGCCCAGGAGGAGCUGCCGCCGGCCACGCAUGGAGGCAACUGAUCCAACCGACUCUCCCCGCCUCGGAAGGAUGGAUGUGAACGAGCUGCGAAGUGUAGUUACCAAUAACAAUAACAAUAAAUUAUCGGGCUGUUGCUCA